AUGAACAUCAACGAUUUUGUAAUACUCCCAGGCUCAAAAACUGGAACCUCAGUGAGAUUAAAAACUAAAACUGUCAGGGAAUUGCAGCUGGAGAAGGCACAGUUGGAAACAGAAAACAAAGAGAUGGAGAAGAGAUUACAGCAACUGCAGUUGAACAUGAGAAGAGAAAAAGAGCAGAGAAAGAAAUCAAGUGCUUACCAUUGGAAAUCUGGGCAGGCAGGAGCAAUGAUCACUCAAGCCCGAGUUCUGCCACAAAGCAAAGAGAAGAGUAAUAAGGUUCCUUCAGGAAAAGCCAGGUUGAAAAUACUCAAAGAACAGAUCCAAGAGUCAGUGACAGAACUAUUUAAGGAUGAAAUGGCAAAUUCUGUAGCUCAUGAAAAAUCUGAAGUGAAGAAGCUAGCAUGUGGACUGGGUGAAAUUCAGAGUGCUCUGCUGGAGGCUGCAGCAGAUACACGUGCUGGAAAGUUGGAAGUCAUUGAUCACUUCAUGAGGGAAGUAAAUCUGAGUGAAUCAAAAAUGAAUCAUGAGCAGAAGAAAGUGAAUAGCAAGUAUCAGGUCACAUCAGACAAGUUUUCAUCUCUUCCACCAUCAGCAGACAGUACUGAGGAACUGUCCUCAGAAUCAACUUGUACAGGCCUUGAAAAUCAGGACAAAGGAUUAUUACUAAAUGGUGCAUUUAAUGAGGAGGAAUCUGCAAAGUCUUUUCAGAAAGCUUUGCUCCAAUGGAGAAGACGUAAUCGUGGUCACAGAGAACAGCUGCAUGCCAGUGAUGCCCUAUCAGGUAUGAUUGAAUCUGUGGGAAUUUGUGAGGUGCAGACCAAUCUUACUGUUAGGAAGGAACCUGUGCAAAUUGAGUUCAAGAAAGAUGGCCUGAGCUACCUGGAGAAACUCUUGCUGAAGAAAUACAGAAGAACUCCUGUUGAGCAAAUGAGUGGUAUUAAAGAUUUAAGGGCAGUGGAACCACAGGAUGUGCAUCAGGCUGUGACUGGAGAAGAGGGAGAAGGAGAUGAUGACAUUGAUGACUUAACAGUUGAAGAGGUGAAGAGAUAUUGGAAGUCUGUUUUUAGAGAGGAUGUACCCAACACUCUUUCUGAAAGUGCAGAUUUCAAAGAGUCCUGUUUGAAAAUUGAGCUUCUUGAUGAUUCCUAUGGCAAGGACUUGGAAGGAUUGUCCAACUUUGUGGUGAUGGAAGCUGGGGCUAUUGGAAUGAAUAAGCAAAGAAAAACUGAUCUACUGGAGCAGAUGGAAAGAAAUCCUGUUUCUAAUAAAGAAAUUUCUCAAGAAAAAAUGUCUGUCUGCAGUCACCUGGAAAGAAAUGCAGUGCAAAAGGAGAGUGUGAAACUGAAGAUGACAAGAUCACUUAGUUCCUGCAAACUACCUGAGAAGAUCUCUAACCCUACUGAGUUAAUGAGCAGCAAAUACCUCCUGGAGACACUGCAGAAACCUCAGAAAGGUUCACAGCAGCUGGACAGCAUCUGCAAUAGCCAUAGCUUGCUUUUACCUGUACUUACAAAGUCUUCAGUGUUACAGGAUGUAGCCAAAAGACAGAAAUCUGUUCCUACACAGUACUGGGGAUUUGAAGGUUUCUUUGUUGUAGGUGCAAACCCUAAACCAGGAGUGCUUGGAGCACGUUCUUCACUGUGUGCUGUCUCUAGCCACAGGGACAGUAAGGUGCCAUUUCCAGUUUCAGGAGAUGGGAAGUGGGUUACUGAAAGGAGCUUGGGUGAAUAUGCUGCUGACUCUGUAGUUCAAGGUGUGUUAGAAGGUCAGCUGAAGAGACCUUCAAGUGGUUUGGGGAUGCAGAAGAGAAUUUCUGCACCAGUGGUAGCACAGAGGUCAUGUCCAGGGAAUGAUUCUAGAAGACCUUGGCCAACAAAUAUCCCACACUGUAAAAUGACUGGAAAUUGUCCAAAAAACACACAGCCAAGACCAGAAAGUUCAUCUAUGGAUGUGUUCAGAGAUGACACUGAGGUAGCAAAGUACAAAUGUCUUGAUAUAGCUACACAAGAUGAGUGUCUCUGGGAAGACCUUGCUGAUCAGGAAGCCUUACUUACUCUGGAAAAAGAAUUACAGAGUUACACAGGUCCUGAAAAACAUUACAGCUUGCUUACUGAAGAUGCAACCUCUUCCAGCAAAUGCUCAGAGAAAAUACUUGCAGACACUACAGUUUUCCACAAAAACCUGGAGCUAAAAGACCACAGCAGAGUUGAUACUAUCAGGGGCUGGGAUGAAAGCCAAAUGGAUGAUGAGGAAGAAAUUCUGGAGGAUAAGCAACAAGUCCUUGCAUUACAGUGA